AUAUUUAGCGGUUGCACAGGCAGGGAAACGUCCUCCCCGGCUAUCUGCUUCAUGAGCAGAGUCGGUGUUCAACCGUUAACGAAAGUCGCCGGUUAAAGGGAGCGGGUUUUUACCAGAAGCAGAGGGUAAGUUAAAGCCAUGGCUGGACCUGUCAGUCUGGAGCUGGAUCCCAUCUUCCUAAAGGGGCUGAGUUACCUGCACUCCAAGAGUAAAGACUCAGCUGAGAAACUCAAAGCCUUACUUGAUGAGUCACUUUCUAGAGGAAGUGACUCAUCAUACCGUUCAUUACAAAAAGAUAUAGAAGUGUCCAAGGGGUCUGUGUCAAAACUGAGCUUAAGUAAACAGGAGUCCAAGUCCUCCUCAAGUUCUUCAUCCUCCAGCAGCAGCAGUAGCAGUAGCAAAUCCAGCUCGGAAAAGAACAAGAAAGAGCCUGAGAAGAGACCUGCUGAGAAGGUCAGGGUUGACUUGGGUGAGGUGGAUCCUCCAAAAAAGCCUCGUUUGGAGAAACAGGAGAACCGUUCUUCCCCAAUUACCGUUCAGACAAGCAAAGACCUCCUGCCAAACAUAAAUGACUACGAUGAGACCAAUGCCGAUGACUUUGCCAUGGAAAUGGGCCUGGCAUGUGUGGUCUGCAGACAAAUGACCGUGACCAUGGGGAACCAGUUGGUUGAGUGCCAGGAGUGUCAUAAUCUGUACCACCAGGACUGUCACAAGCCCCAGGUGACAGACAAAGAAGUGAAUGAUCCACGGCUUGUGUGGUAUUGUGCCCGCUGCACCAGGCAAAUGAAGCGUAUGGCCCAGAAACCUCCACAGAAGCCCUCCCCUGCAUCUGCAUCAUCAGCGCCUAUUGUAAAGGACACACUGGUGAAAAAGACAGAGCUUAAAGCCAAGCCUGACACAGCCAGCACCUUCCAAGCCUUCAAAAGAACAGAAGUGAAGGCAUCAUCUACAACAUCAGCCAAUCCCACCAGCAGCAGCUCCUCUUCCUCAGGCAGCGGUCUUACAGGCUGGGCUGCAUUUGGCGCUAAGACAAACCCAUCUCUUCCUGCCAGCUCCAAACUAGGUUCCUCUGGCCCAAGUGGGAGCCACAAGACCUUGACAACUCCCUCUGGCCAGAAACCUGUCGGGCUGUCUGGGCUAGCAGGAGCCAAGUCAGGACUUGGGAGUUCAAAGAUACCUGCAAGCGGAAACGGUAACGGCUCUAGCCAGGUGCCUCUAAAACCUCCUCCACCCCUAACUCUGGGUAAGCAGCCACUGAACCGCUCAUCGAGUGGUGAAAGCCAAGGGAAAGGGUCUUCUUCAUCAGGGGCCUGCUCCCCAAGUGGCUCACAGGCAGGUGGAGGAGGGAAUGGAAGCAAUAACGGAGGAGGGAACGGGAACAAUGGCAAUGGGUCAAAGGCUGCACCAGGGGAGAAAGCGCCAACUUCCCAGGAGUCCCAGCUUAUUGCCAUGAAACGGUUACAACUGGUGAAAAAGAAAGCAGCGCAGAAGAAACUUAAGAAAUGAGUAGAGGUAGAGGGAAACAAGGGAGUAGGAAAACAUGCUUAAACAGUAUGGGAUUAGUGCCAGAGCGUUCUGUUUGUAAUCUGUACACAAGUAACCCCAUCCAGUCAAAUACUUGAAUCUUGCUUUGUGUAAAUGCUGCUGGACCGUCUACCUUGUUCUGUCCAAGUCUAACUGUUGGAAAAAGUCCCUUUUUAUCAACCAAUGUCAUUAAAUCUUUUCUCAUUAACUGGCAGUA